AUGGCAGAGGCAGUGGUUUCGAUCGCUCUACAGACCAUCCGUGAUUUGCUAUUGGAGGAGGGAAGGUUUUUAGCUGGUGUGGCCGAUCAAGUCAGGGAGCUCGAGUGGCAGCUCAAAGAGAUGAAGUGUUUCCUCCAAGAUGCUGACAAAAGACGACAUGAAAGCAGAACCAUCUCCAACUGGAUCUCCGAGAUCAGAGAUCUCGUCCACAUAUCCGAAUCCGCCAUUGAAAGACACGCAUCUUAUCAGUACUUUUCUUCAAGGCGAAGAGGCUUCAUACAUUUCAUCCGCAAAUAUUCCUGCAUUUUGGAAGAUUGCAACCCGCUCCACCAAUUAGGUUCCGAGAUUUCAAAAAUUAUAUCAAAUCUUGAGAGGAUAAGGAAAGUUAUGCAAGAAAAUGGCAUAACAAAGAGCAUAAUCACCAAUCGAAACGAAGAGGGGGAAAGCUCGGGUGGAAACAACAUGUCAAGGAAGACUUUCCCCAAUUUGGAGAAGGGAGAUUGCUUCGUAGGCAUGGAGAAUGAGCUGGAGCAGCUUGUUCAUCACCUAGAGGAAGACACAAAGGAUCAAAUUAUUUCAGUGUGGGGAAUGGGAGGCUCAGGCAAGACUGCCAUUGUCAAGAAGGUGUACAAUGAGACGACCACCUUUGAUCUCUUGGCAUGGGUUUGCAUUACUCAACAAUGUGAAAGUCGAACAGUUUGGGAGGAUGUUCUCAGGCAACUAGAGAAUCAGAACAAGAAGAAGAAAAAAAAGAAGAGUGUUUCAAGUGUGAACGAUGAGCCACGAAUAAGGGGGGAGGUUUCAAGUCUGAGCAACUCAGAGUUGAUUGAGAGACUAUGUGAGAUACAAAGAGAUAAGAGAUGUCUCAUUGUUUUGGAUGAUCUUUGGGAACUUUCUCAUUGGAAUGAGUUGAAGCAUCCAUUCAUUGUCCAAGAUUUGCAGAGCAAAAUCUUGGUCACCACACGGAAACAAGAGGUUGCAGAUAUUGGAUUGGCAGUGGAACAUGGUCUUUUACACGUGGAUGCUGCUUUGGAACUACUCAAAUACAAAGCAUUUCAGUAUGGCAACAUUCCAGAUUUUGCAUUUGAUAAAAGAUUCGAUAAAAUAGGAAAAGAAAUGGUGCAAAAAUGUGGGUAUUUGCCGUUGGCAAUUUCUUUACUCGGCGGGGUCUUAAGAAAGAAAAAGUCGAUCGUGGAGUGGGAAUUAGUAAAUAAGGAUAUCAAAGAAGCCAUAUACAGGGAUGGAACGCAGAUUCAUGGAGUGUUAAAUUUAAGCUAUGAAAGUCUACCCUAUUACUUGAAGCCUUGUUUUCUGUGUAUGGGUAUAUUCAAGGAGGACGAAACCAUAGUUGUUAGGCAUCUAUAUAAGAUGUGGAUAGCACAAGGCAUGAUUUCAUAUGAGAAUAUUGGAGACAAGGAGGACACUUUAAUGGAUAUCGCUGAGUUGUACUUAAGUGAGUUGGCAUCCAGGUCCAUCGUUCAAGUUGAAAUUCUGUAUUCUUAUGAUGUAGCAAAUAGAACGAAAAAAUAUAGUACGUGCAAACUUCAUGACGUAGUACGAGAACUUUGUUUGAAAUUGGGGAAAAGAGAGGAUUUUGGUGUGCAAAGUUUGGAGUAUCAAGGUGGGAAACUUAGUGCCUUACUUUGGCAAGCAUCCUCAGACAUGAAAAUACAACAUUUGGCUAUCCAUUUAAGAAGUGAAGUCGAACAUGAGAUUACAGUUGCUUGUGGAGAAGAUAAUAGCAAACAUGUCAGAUCUUUUCGCAUAUCCAAUCUCGUAAAAGCGAAUGCUGUUGAGUUUCCUCCACAAAUUAUGGUUGAUUUUCAUAAAUUUAAAUUGUUGAGAGAUCUAGCUAUCGUGAGAUUCAAAUUUGCAGGAGGAAAGUUACCGAGAGGAAUCACUACUCUGGUUCACCUUAGAUGUUUGCGUUUAGAAGCAUGUGAACUUGAUAAGCUACCGUCAUCCAUGAGAAAUUUGAUAUAUAUGGAUACACUUGAUUUAAAACAUUCCAUGAAUGUUGAAGUUCCAAAUGUUUUUAAGGAGAUGUUACGACUAAAACACUUAACUUUUCCUGUCUAUGGAAAUGAAAAAGUUGGAAAUUAUCGAGUAAGAUUGGAUGAUGGAGUAGAUGAGUUGGAGACUCUACUAUACUUUGAUAGUAGAUGUCAUGAAUUUAAAUGUAUGGACAGAAUGAAGAAUCUCCGACGUUUUUCAGCUAGAAUACAUGAUAAUGAAAGCUUGUCAGGUAUCAUGAAUGCUAUUGCGAACUGGAACAAGAUAGUGUUUUGUACUGUUCAUAUCGAAGACAGUUGCGACUUAGCGAAUGAGCCAUUGCUGGAGAAUGCUUUGACAUGUCCUAAUCUUCAUGACUUGUGGAUAAGUUCUAAGUUAGGGAAGGCGCUAGCAGAGUGCAAGGGUGACUUGAUAAGCUCCAAACUUAGGUUUUUGGAUCUGUUUGGUUGUGAGAUUGAGGAUGAUCCAAUGGGGAUACUGGGAAAGCUUCCUUGCUUGAUAAGAUUGCGAUUAUAUAAGGACUCAUUUGUUGGGGAGGAGAUGAGGUGUCCAAAAAAGAGUUUUCUUCACCUCAAGAAGCUAGUAUUAAGAGGUUUACCAAAGUUGAGGGAGUGGAGAGUGGAGUCGGGAGCCAUGCCCCUUCUCUCUGACAUAACGAUCGGAGAAUGUUCUUGCCUGCAGAUGGUUCCAGAUGGAUUGACUGCCAUUUCUACCCUUCAAACUCUAGUAGUGAAACGAAUGCCACAAUUGAGAAAAAGAGUAUCACCGUCAGGACAAGAUUUCCACAAACUCUGCCACGUCUCUUCAAUAAUCAUCAAGGACUAG